GCCGCCGCCGUGGGCCGGUCCCCUGCGAGACCCCGAGGGCUCCGGCGGGAGGGCGAGGGGGGAGAAGUAAAAAAAAAAUGGGGGGGGGAAACCUAAAUAUACGGGGGGGAGGGGGGAAAUGUGUUCGCCUAACUUUGCUGUUCAACUCUUUUCUUUCAUAAAGGACAAACUGAACCAAAGGCAACAUCAGAGAAGCCCAGAUCUUGUGAAAAUUAGGGAUUUUUGAGCCACUCUUUGGAACGAAGGAUCAUGUAAAACCAAAAGACAAAGCAAAACCACACAGAAACCCUCUUUCCCUACUGAAAUGGUUAUUAGGUGCAGUUUUCCAGCUUUGAAGUCCCUAGUAUAUUCCAGCUCAUGAAACUGAAUUAAGAAGAUGGAGCAUCAUGCUGAAUAACAGAUUUUCCGAAGCCCUUUGUGUGUAGGAGAGAGAGGUUUCUUGAAAUGUGCCCUUCAUGGAAAAAAAAGUCAAGAAAAAGCAUGUGAACAAACCCUGUAACGCUCUGCCAAGUGCUGGAGACACCCCUGCUAGCGUCAAUAGCAUCUUGCCUUCAGAGCAGGUUUCACCAUCUAACGCGUCAGAUCUUCCCAGAAUUUUGCCUGAAGAAGUACAUCUAGAAGCUGGACCCCAGAAAAGGCGACCAGGCACUGCAAUAAUAUCAGAACGGUCAGAUUCUUCAAACAUGUCUCGGAUGCCACUGAAUCGGCCCAUCAUCCCACCAAGAAGACCUUGCUUCAGGGUAUGCUAUAUCUGUGGCAGAGAAUUUGGGUCACAGUCUAUUUCUAUACAUGAACCCCAGUGCCUAGAGAAGUGGCAUAUGGAAAACAAUCAGCUACCAAGGCAUCUCAGAAGAGCGCAGCCCAGGAAACCUGAGGUCCUUACUGGUGGUUCCUGUACUCUCACAGCUGAAAAUGAGGCAGCUUAUCUUAGUGCUCAAGCCCAGCUCCUGCCCUGUGGAAACUGUGGCCGAACCUUCCUUCCCGACUCUCUCAUUGUGCACCAAAGGAGUUGCAGAGGAGGCAGCAGCGGUGUGGGGCUGUCAAGCUUUAGCCCCUGUAAAUCUGGUAAAGGCCCAAGUUCGGAGUCUGGCUCAGCACGUGAGGAUCCAUCUAAGACCCGUCAAGAAAAGAGCAGGGCUGCACCAGCUGUAUCAGACAAGGCACAAGUGAUAAGACAUCCACCAGCAGUGCUUUGUUACAUAUGUGGCCGUGAGUACGGAACAAAAUCUAUUAGUAUCCAUGAGCCACAAUGCCUGAAAAAAUGGCACCAGGAGAAUGACAUGCUGCCCAAGCACUUGAGAAGGCCAGAGCCCAAAAAGCCUGAAGUUAGUCUCAUACAAGGUGUUUCAGAUCAGUUCCACUUGGGCCAACGAGGAGGUUUGGGAGUUUCUGAGAGAAAAGCUGUAACUGAAGCUGACAACAUGGCUAUGCUACAGUCUGCAGCAUUACAUUCAAAUGUCCAGGUAAUUUCAACGUACCAAAAUCUGACCUCGAAAGCAGUCAAAAAAUGAUAGUCCAAAUAGGCUAAUAUAUUCUGUUUGCAGGCAGAUUUUGCAGCAUAUGUGACCUUCCUUGCUCUUAAGGUCAAAUUCUGAAAUGUGCCUGCCUGAACUUUAAAAAUACCCUGGGUACUUCUACUCAUGUUUGUCCUGGUUUUGGCUAAGAUAGAGUUAAUUUUAUUUCUGGUAGCUGGGAUAGAGCUGUGUUUUGGAUUUGGUAUGAGAAUAAUGUUGAUAACACACUGAUAUUUUUAGUUGUUGCUAGGUAGUUGUAGAGUCUACACUAAGUCAAGGACUUUUCAGCUUCUCACGCCAGUCUAAUGGAGAGUGGAGACUGACAGCAGACUAUCGUGGCCUGACCGAGGUCAUAAGGCUGCUGAGUGCUGCCAUGCUGGACGUGCUGGAACUUCAGUAUGAACUGGAGUCAAAGGCAGCCCAGUGGUACGCCACAAUUGGUAUCGUGAAUGUGUUUUUGUCAAUUGCUUUGGUGUCAGAGUGCAGGCCACAGUUUGCUUUCACUUGGAGGGGCAUCCAGUACACCUGGAACCGACUGCGCUAGUGGUGGAAACACAGCCCCACCAUUUGCCAUGGGCUGAUCCAGACUGCACUGGAAUGGGGUGAAGCUUCAGAGCACCUGGAAUACACUGAUGACAUCAUCGUAUGGGGCAACACAGCAGAACAAGUUCUUGAGAAAGGGAAGAAAAUAGCCCAAAACCUUCUGAAAGCCAGUUUUGCCAUAAAACAAAGUCAGGUCAAGGGACCUCCACAGGAGAUCCAGAUUUUAGGAAUAAAAUGGCAAGGUGGAUGCCAUUAGAUCCCAAAGGAUACGAUAAAAAAAUAAUUUCUCCACCAACUAAAAAGGAAACACAAGCUUUCUUAGGCAUUGUGGUUUUCUGGAGAAUGCAUAUUCCAAAUUACAGUCUGAUUGUAAGCCUUCUUUAUGAAGUGAUCCAGAAGAAGAACAAUUGCAAACAGGGCCCUAAGCAACAACAAGCCUUUGAACAAAUGGAACAAAAAAUAGUUCAUGCAGUAGCCCUUGGGUCACUCUGGGCAGGACCAGAUGUCAGAAAUGUGCUGUACACCACAGACGGGGAGAAUGACCCUACCUGGAGUGUCUGGCAGAAAGCACCAGGGGAGACUCGAGGUCAAGUUUGGGGGGGUUUUGUAGUCAGGGAUACAGAAGAUCCAAGACCUGCUAUGCUCCAACUGAAAAAGAGAUAUAGGCAGCAUAUGAAGGGGUUGAGUUGCUUCAGAGGUGGUCAGCACUUAAGCACAGCUCCUCCUGGCACCCCAACUGCCAGUGCUGGGCUGUAUGAUCACAGGCAGGGUCCCCUCUACACAUCAUGUAACUGAUGCUGUGUGGAGUAAGUGGGUUGCACAGAUCACACAGCAGGCUCAAAUAGGAAACCUCAGUGGCCCAGGAAUUCUGGAAUUAAUCAUGGACUGGCCAGAAAGCAGAGAUUUCAGAAUAUCACCAGAGGAGGAGGUGACACGUGCUGAAGAGGCCCCACCCUAUAAUAACCUAACAGAAGAUGAGAAGCAAUAUGCCCUGUUCACUGAUGGGCCCUGUCGCAUUGUGGGAAAGCAUCAGAGGUGGAAGGCUGCUGUAUGGCCUGUACAUUGAGUCACAGAAGCCUUGGAAGGAGAAGGUGAAUUGAGCCAGUUUGCAGAGGUGAAAGCCAUCCAGCUGGUUUUAGACAUUGCUGAACAAGAAAAAUGUCUGGUGCUCUGUCUCUAUACUGAGUCAUGGAUGGUGGCAAAUACCUCAUGGGGUGGUUACAGCAAUGGAAGCAGAGCAACUGGCAGUGCAGAGGCAAACCCAUCUGGGCUGCCUCAUUGUGGCAAGAUAUUGCUGCCCAGCUAGAGGAGCUGGUUGUAAAAGUAUGUCAUGUAGAUGCCCAUGUACCCAAGAGCUGGGCCACUGAGGGACAUCAAAACAACCCGCAGGUGGAUCAAGCUGCUAAGACUGAAGUGGCUCAGGUAGAUGCAGACUGGUGAUAAGGGUGAAUUAUUUAUGGCUCAAUGGGGCCAUGACGCCUCAGGCCAUCAAGGAAGAGAUGCAACAUAUAGAUGGGCUCAUGACUUAGGGGUGGACUUGACCAUGGAUGCUAUUGCACAGGUUAUCCAUGAAUGUGAAACAUAUGCUGUGAUCAAACAAGUCAAACAGUUAAAGCCUCUGUGGUAUGGAGGACGAUGGCUGAAAUAUAAAUAUGGGGAGUUCUAGCAGAUUGAUUACAUCACACUCCACAAACCCACCAAGGCAAGCGCUAUGUACUUACAGUGGUGGAAGCAGCCACUGGAUGGCUGGAAACACAUCCCAUGCCCCAUGUCACCACCCAGAACACUAUCCUGGGCCUUGAAAAGCAAGUACUGUGGCAACAUGGCACCCCAGAAAGAAUUGAGUCAGACAAUGGGACUCAUUUCCAAAACAACCUCAUAGACAGCUGGCCAAAGAGCCUGGCAUUGAGUAGGAGUAUCAUAUGCAUUGUCAUGCACCAGCCACCAGUGAUAAAACCUUGAAUGAUACAAUGGAUUGUUAAAGACUACACAGAGAGCAAUGGGUGGUGGGACCUUCAAACGUUGGGAUACACAUUUAGCAAAGGCCACGUGGUUAGGCAACACUAGGGGAUUUACCAAUCGAGUUGGCCCUGCCCAAUCAAAACGUUUACGUACUGUAGAAGGAGAUAAAGUUCCUGUAGUGCAUAUAAAGAAUACGUGAGGGAAGGCAGUCUGGGUUACUCCUGCCUCAUGCAAAGGCAAACCCAUCUGUGGGAUUUGCUUUUGCUCAAGGACCAGGGUGCACUUGGUGGGUGAUGUGGAAGGAUGGGGAAAUCUGAUGUGUACCUCAAGGAGAUUUGAUUUUGGGUGAGAAUAGCCAAUGACUUAAUUGUACAAUGUCGAUUGCUACAUAAUAUUGCAUGUCAUCAUUACUAUGACUGCUGUAUGCCAUAACAAUGGUAUUACAGUAAUAAUCACCCAGACUAAUGAACUUUGGUGAAACCAAGCAAGGUACAGAGGUGAUGAAACCAGAACUGGCUUCAGCAAUGAGCACUGAGCAACUUCCUUGAGAUUGACAACUUCAACCUGCAGAUUGUGAGCAUGGACCACACCAGAUACACCAGCCGCAAGCUCCAGAUGCAGCAUGCAACAAUCCAGCAUCACACACAUCGCUCCUGCCCUGAGAGACUGUUAUGACAGAUGGAGCCCAAAAGUCAUGGACUAAAGGAACUCAACAGACAUUUUAGAGACAUUGCCCGUAGACUAAGGGAAUGAUAUCUGUGUGUACAUAUCAAAAGACAGGAAAAUUGAUGGUGAUUAAUUGGAAUGCAUUGGGAAGUAUAGGACCUUGGCAUGAUGUAGAUGGUGUGGAAAAGGGGUGGAUACUGUCCUGGUUUUGGCUGAGAUAGAGAUAAUUUUAUUUCUAGUAGCUGUUAUAGUGCUGUGAUUUGGAUUUAGUCUGAGAAUAAUGUUGAUAACACACUGAUGGUUUUAGUUGUUGCUAGGUAGUUGUUGUGUGUAUACUAAGUCAAGGAUUUUACAGCUUCUCACCCCCUGCCAGGCGCACAAGAAGCUGGGAGACCACAGCCAGGACAGCUGACCCAGGCUGGCCAAAGGGAUAUUCCCUGCCAUAUAGUGCCGUGCUCUGGAUAUGACUGGGGAAGCUAGCUGGGAGGCAGGAUGGCUGCUCAGAAACAGACUGGGCAUUGGGGAUUUUUUUUUGCAUGUGGCAAGCAAUUGUAUUUGU